CAAAAUCAAUCGGAGAAAGAAAACAAGAGAAAAACGAGGCAAUGAAAGAAAUGGGAGAAAUCAGAGGAGAGACAAUGGAAGAAGGAGGAGGAGAUAAGAAGGCAGAGGUGGUUCUGGUGCGCACGUUGGGUGCGGAUGAGCCGAAACACUAUGAUGAAGAUGGCGUAUACUGCAGGCGUGUACGAUUUCACCAGGUGGCUCUGAGUGAAGGUAAAAUUAAGAGCAAUUGCUUUCCUUCAAUGUUGAAUCGUAUCGGAGAUGGUGCUAUGCUUUAUGAGUUUGGACUUCGCUGCCUCCACACUCCCGAGGUUUUUGAUCCCAGUGUCGGAUUUUGGGAGUUGUCCCAGUUGCCUCCUGAGCUUGUGGGUUGCCGAGUUUCAGAUGGAGGAGUUAUCUCCGACCCUCCGAAUUCCCGUUUACUUGUGCACCUCUAUGAAGGCACCCUGUAUGCUUUCUACCCUGGUUCUGGUGAGUGGGAGCUUAUUGGGAGUCUGCUUCACUGGAGGUAUCCUAAUGUGGUUCUUGUGGACAAUGUCUUGUACAUUCAUGACUUCAAGUCCCGGGUUUUCCUCUAUGCCUAUGAUGUUGCGAGGCGCCAACAACUCAAGGUUACUUGGUCCUCAAAGAAGUAUGAAUACAACAAUGGUUAUCGUGUUAAAGUGACUAAGUAUGAGUUUGAUGCUAUGUUUUAUGUCGGCGGUGUCCAUUUUCCGAUGGCUACUUGGUCUCCUUGUGAUGGAGAUGAAGGAACCACCAGUAGUGCUUCUACUAUGUUCUUCAAGUUCAAAGUUGAUCGCCCCAACAAUGGUCUACACAUCGUUUGCACUCCUGUUGAUAUCCAAUGCCAUGAUAUUCAGAACACCAUCAAAGUUACAGGGUUCCUACUGCUCUAGGAGGCAAGCAAUUGAUUGUGGGGUGCUUCCCAUAAAGGUUAUUGAAUGGUUGCCAUGUCAUCUUUGGUUGACAAAUAAAAUAUGCUUUGGUGGUGUAUCUUUUGGUGUAUUCCAUAUAGUGUUUGCUUAUUUAUAGGUUGGGUCCUCGUGGUUGUACCUUUCAUUCUUUCAAGUUACUCAAGUCUUCUUUGUCAUUUCUUUAGGAGUUAGGACAGUAGCAAAAUUUGUUUUUUGCUAUGUUUCAAAAAGAAACUUUGAAAAAAAAGCAGAAAAAAGAAACAUUUAAAAAAAGAGAGAAAGUUAGUCUUUUUGUUGCCUUUUGGUUUAUUGUUUAGGUUAGUUUUUAUUAGUGUUAACUUUGUCAGUCUUUUAAGUCUAUUUCAAAGUCUAGGUUAGUCCUUAGGCUAUUGUGUCUAUUUAAAUUACAAGUUUUUUUCCCUUCUUGUUUCUUUAGUUUUUGAGUCAGUCGUAAAUUACACGCCCAGGAUAAACAACAAAGUUUAACUCGGGAAACUACUGCACUUUAAGGUGCAAUGAGCUGAAAACCAGACAUUGAGACGAGAAUGAGAAACUGAUUGGAUAUCUUUAUUUGCUGCCAACGUAGCUGCCACAUCAUCUCACCAAAUUCAGUUGAUUGCUUUUGCACUUUUAGAUGCCCUAUACGUCACAGAUCCUUCCCAUCCCGGUAGAAUACAUGUAACCUCAAGUC